UUCCACUCUCUCUCUCUCUCUCCUUCCAUUGUUCUUCCCCUUCUAUCUCUCUCUAUCCCGUUCUUCUAGGGUUUCGUUGAUCACGUUCAAAGUUUUCUCCUUUUUUUUCAUCUCAAUUCUUCUCUGUAACAAGCAGAGGAAAUGGAUUCGAAUUCAUGGAUCAACUGCCCUUCCGUUUUCUCAUCAUCUUCUUCUUCUCGACGGUGUCAAUCUCGACCAGAUUUGUAUAUAGGUGGAGGGUACGAGGAUCUUGAAGGAGAAGACGAUUUGAAGUCGGAGUUUAUAUGCCCUUUUUGCGCAGAAGUCUUUGACAUUGUCGGGCUCUGUUGUCACAUUGAUGAAGAGCAUCCUGUUGAGGUCAAGAACGGGGUAUGUCCUGUAUGCGCAAAGAGGGUGGGGUUAGAUAUCGUUGGCCAUAUCACUACGCAACAUGCAAACUUUUUCAAGGUGCAGCGAAGGAGAAGGUUGAGAAAAGGAGGAUACACCUCUGCUUAUCUCGCCUUGAAGAAAGAACUCCGAGAAGCAAACUUACAAUCACUCCUCGGUGGAACUUCUUCAAGUUUCACUUCUUCAACCAAUAUAGAUUCUGAUCCAUUACUGUCAUCCUUUAUGUUUAGUUCACCUUCAAGCAAAUCCGCUACUCCUGUAAUAGAAGGAACUUCAGCUACAAAAGCCUCGCGUAAGGAAUCUCUCAAAAGAGACGACAUUCAAGAAGCUCCACUCUCAAGCGAAGAAGAUCAAGAGAAGGCGAAGAAGAGUGAGUUUGUGCGAGGUUUGUUCUUGUCAACCAUGCUUGGAGACGAUUACUAGGGUCUUGUUAAGAGUUUGGUCUCAGUGUAUGAUGGAGAAAGCUUGCAAGUUAAAGCAGUGCAGAGUUAAGUCUAUAUAUUACUGUCACUCUACCUUGAAACCUUUAUUGUGCAUAAACGGAAACAGAGUAUACUCUACUUUAUUUUCGUUGAGACGUUCCAUAGAUUCCUAAUA